AUAAUGAUCUAGUCUUUUCUUGUUUUGGAUUCUUAGGUUAGGUGGUGAGUUACUGAAUUUUCACAUGCAUGCAUAAAUUAAAUACAUAUACAAAAUAUGCAAAUUCCAACCACAAACAAGAAUUAAUUAUUGUGACAUGUAUCAGUAUAUAGUUCUUGUUUAAAUCUCUUAUGCCCUACCCCCCUUCAACUUAGUACAAUAUAAUUAACUAUAUGCUUCCCAGUUUCUUCACAUGCAAUGUUUUGUACUUAGUAGUUAGUACUUAGGACACGUUUUUGCAUUAUUAAUCUUCUUUCUUUUGAUGGUUAGUGGAAUCACUUUUAGUAUAGUACAAUUUAAGUGGAUUAGGUAUUUUUAAUCAAUUAAUACAUCAUCAUCAAUAGGUAGAUGCAGAUGCUUAUUAAUGCUUUGUGCACUGCACUCCUCAGCUUAAAGUAGUAAUAAUAAUUCACCCAAGAAGUGGUGAAAGAAACACAAACUAGAAAAAAAAGGACAAACAAAACCAAAAAUGAUGGUGCAAGUGGGAGAGUGUUACUAGAUUUUAUUUUUGGGUUUCUAAGUGAGUGUCCCAUUUUCCUUGUUUCCUUUCUUUGCCAUACAAAGCCAAGUCUUGAGUUAGUGGGUAAUUACUCACUAUUCCUGUUUUUCCGGUCUCGAAUUCAGUGCUGCUUCUUUUUUUCUCUCUUCACUGAGAAAUUUCAGUUUCUCUUUUUUAUGCUAUAUAUAUGAGGAGGUGGCCAUUCUUGCUGAAUCUCUUAUUGGGUCUCUUGCUUUUGCUUCAACCAUGUCCUUGUCUUGCUGCUUCUCCCAUUCUCCAUUGCCAUUAAAGAUUAAGCACUUGGGGAAGCCUAUUAAACCUUGUGGCACGGUUUGUAAGAGGCAACCUUUUACUGUCAUAAGCAAUGGUGUUGAGCUUUGUAACAAACGGAUUGUGAAAACUAGAGUCAAUUUAGUUGGAGAUUGGAGUUUCAUAAGAGGAUCCAGAGUUGUUGCCAAACCAAAUGCUACACGAUCGGUUCAUUAUCCGAAAAGCAGCCGAAUACAAGCUUCCUGGUUCGACGGAUCCCAACUAGUGAGCAGUGUAUUUACACUGGGAACAGUUGCAGUGCUCCCAUUUUACACACUAAUGGUUCUUGCUCCAAAAUCUGACCUAACUAAGCAGUGUAUGGAAAGUAACAUACCAUAUGUAGUGCUUGGCAUUCUAUAUGCAUAUUUGUUGUAUCUUUCAUGGACUCCAGAGACAGUAAAAUUGAUUUUUGCAAGUAAAUACUUGCUGCCAGAGCUCUCUAGUAUAGGGAAGAUGUUCUCUAGUGAAUUGACUUUAGCCUCUGCAUGGAUUCACUUACUGGUUGUUGAUCUCUUUGCUGCAAG